UCGCGACCGGGGGCUCGGGGCCGGACCCCACGCCGGCCUGGCAGCCCCUUGCCGCAGGGAGUCUUUUCAGGGCGGUUGGGCAAGGGCCGGGCGCCCUUCGCACGCUCCGCGGUCACCUUCCUGCGCCCCGGCCCUUCGUCCCGGUGCCUCUGGCCCACCGGAGACGGCCAGGCCGCGUCCCGAUCCCUGUGGCCGAGCCCAGACUCCCUCUGGCCUGUGGCCCUGCUUGUCCCAUCCCCUUGUCGCUGCACUGGGAGCCUGCGGACUUGUUUCCCUCUCUACUAAAGCCACAGUACCUAAGCCUAGCGCUGACUGCGCUGGGAGUACUCAGUGCAUACUUGCCGAGUGAAAAGUCAGUCAGCCCGACCCCCAUUCUCAUCCUGCUUUCCGCUGAGUGUUUGGGUCAGCGCCAGAGAGAAACACAUUUCUGAGACGCCAGCAUUUUAAAAUUAACUAUGAAUGGGAUGUUCAGGAUCAAGAGGACUGCAGGCUCCGCCUUCUGCAUGAAACUAGGAUAGCAUUAAAUUAUUUUUCAACCAGAUAAGGUGCAGGAUGUACGAAAAUGUGUAAGGCAAGGGGGACAGGUUCUAAUCCUGGCCUUGCUGCUGAGGACCUGUGCUCUGACCUGCGUUUUUGUUAAAGAGGACCGCUAACAGUUAUGCCUUUGAUCUCUAUCUCUAGCCACUCCAGCCAUUGAAAUGUAAAAGGAAUAUAAAUGAAAGUGGUUCGUGUGCUUUGGAAGAAAGGCAACCUGAAUCCCUUUCUUUAAAAAUAAUUUUUUUACCCCUGUAAACAGGCUCACCCUUUUGAUGGAGGAGUGCACUGGAGAGUGGGACGUAACUGCAGAUAGCUCCAGUCUUCCAUCCUCCCAAUUCAGCUAUUCCCAGGAAAUUUGGAACUUCUCCCACCCUACCUGUAUGUAAAGUCUCACAGGAGAAUUCCAUCAGGCCCAGCCUAUGUCAGAUGCCCAUUCCUGGGAUAGGGGGAAGGGUACUGUAAUGAACAGCCUCACCAGACCCCAUGGAAUAGAGAGGGGCUCUUUCACAAAGGAAGAAGAUGCUGUGCUCAGAAGUGGGGAGGGAAUACUGGAAGAUAAAAGCAUACAGGAGACCAAAACAAUCGUUUACAUUCACAUUGUAUAUGUGGUGGUGGUGGUAAGGAAGAGGGUGUAAUAAUGGCGAAGAGGAGAAUGUAAUAGUGGUGAAGAGGGUAUUCGAGAGGCACAUAUAUGCUAUUUUCUCCUUAAGAGAAAGUGGUAAUUGGGAAGGUGGGUGCAGGCCUCUUGAGGGUAGAGGAGAACAGGGAUAGGACCCUGCAUGUGAGGCCCAUGAGAAGGAACAGCUGGCUACACUGUGAGGAGUAGUUUGGGGAAUUCUUCAGCAGAUACAGGAAUUUGGCUGGGGAGAAAACUAUGUUUUUUGAUAUUUCUAGUGCUUUGGAUCCUCGGCUUGGAUUAUAGAGGCAGUAAAGGAAAAGGACAGAAAUAAAUUACAGGGAGCAGAGUGAAGAAAUAUGGGAUAGUUUUAUGCUGCCUUUUUCCAACCUCUUCACCUCUCUUCAAAGUUGAGCCUUUUUCAGCUGUGAGUCUGCACACCUGUGACACUCUCAUGUUUCUGAUUCCGGAAAGACACUCCUGUCACUGGUAUCCGGGAGAACCACUUCCCAGUGAUAUGAGAAGAGAUAGAAUCUGAUCCCGAGGGUGGAAGUGGCAACCAGUGAGCCAGUUCGUUGAAGUAAAUGAUGGCUGCAACAAGGAGCCCCCAGGCAGACCCAUCCCCAAGCAAGGACUGCACACAGGGACAGAAAUCAGCCCUUCAUAGCAAAAGGCCUGACUAUGAAGCUUCCCGCCAGCGCUUCAGGCAGUUCUGCUACCAGGAGGUAGCUGGCCCCCAUGAAGCUUUUAACAAACUCUGGGAACUCUGUUGUCAGUGGCUGAGGCCUAAGACACACUCAAAAGAGCAAAUUCUGGAGCUGUUGGUUUUGGAGCAGUUUCUGACCAUCUUGCCAGAGGAGAUCCGGACCUGGGUGAGGGAGCAGUGUCCAGAAAAUGGCGAGGAAGCUGUGGCUCUGGUUGAGGAUGUACAGAGAGCGCCUGGGCAACAGGGUCUGUUCCGGGUCCUGGAUUCUGGGAAAGACUUGAGAGUGCUCUUUGAGGAGACGGCCCCUUUAAGAGGAGCCAGAGAAUCACUGAGAUCCCACCUGAAACAGAGGGUUCAUCCAGAGGAAUGAAAUUUGAAGGGGUCACGGAGCUCACGCCAUAAACCAUGUGAACAGUCAGAAGCCUGGCUUACUCCGCAGGCUCCUAGGAACCUUCCCCAGAAGAGGGGCCUUCAAGACCAGGAGACAGGUGCUGUGCUCUGGAUAGAAGGGGCCCAGGGACCAAUCAUGUGUGAGGACAGCGCCAUAUCCCUCUGUCAGGAAGGACAGACGCACUGUGGCCCUGCACAGAGGGCCCUCUACAGGGGUGUUACGCAGAAGAAUGACAGAUACGUCUCGCUGGCAGGUGUGCACUGGGGCUAUGAAGAGACCAAGACACUUCUGGCCGUUCUCAGUAAUUCUGAGUUUCAUGAAAAACCCCAGACCCGUGAGCAGAUCAUCCAGAUCUACAGGGCUGCAGCAGAACAAGUGCAGGAGCAUGGCUUUCUGCGGACCACAGAGCAAUGUCGCACUAAGGUCAAAAUCCUACAGUCGCAUUACCGCAAAGUGAGGAGAGGCCAUGUGCCUGAGCCUUGUAUCUUUCAUGAGGAAAUGGAUGCCCUUUCAAGCUCCUGGGCCUCUGCAGCAACUGUGGCAAGUGAUGCUGUUCCUGGCCAAGAGGGAAGUGAUAUGGAGGCUGGAGAGCUGAGUCUGCAGAACAGGGAACCCACAGAGAUUGGAGAAGGUACCACUGUGGGUGCUGCAGCAGGGGAUGAAAAGGACUUCAGGGAUCCUGGCCAGGAAGUUAGCAGAUUUGACCUGUCAGUCCUGUUCCCAAACAGACUUGAUUUUGAGAUCAAGAAUGAGAUUAAAAAGAAGAAUCUGAAAUGGGAUGAUUCAGAGGAAGCAGACAUGAACAAGGCUUUACAGAGAAAGUCUAGUGAAGUUUUUUGGCACUCUGAGCUAAAAAGAGGCUGGAAGGGUGAGCCAAUGUCAAGAAGGCAACAUAGAUGUUCUCCAGGGGAGAGUGAGGAGAAACCCCCAUCCCAGGAGAGGAUGAGUCACCAGAGACUUCCUACUUGGAAGAAGGCCUGUGCACAUCUCCUGUGUGGGAGAAAGUGCUCUCAGAGUUCUCCUUCUCACCACCAGCCAGCUCCUGAACUGGAAAAAACUUCUCAAUGUCACGAAUGUGGGAAAAGCUUUAGCCGAGGUUCUUAUCUUGUUCGGCAUCAGAGAGUCCACACAGGAGAGAAGCCUCACAAGUGCAGUGAAUGUGGGAAGGGCUUUAGUGAGCGCUCCAACCUCACGGCACACCUAAGAACUCACACAGGAGAGAGACCCUAUCGGUGUGGGGAAUGUGGGAAAAGCUUCAACCAGAGCUCCAGCCUCGUUGUCCACCAGAGGACACACACUGGGGAGAAGCCUUAUCAGUGCACUGUCUGUGGAAAGAGAUUCAACAACAGUUCCCAGUUUAGCGCCCACCGGCGAGUCCACACUGGGGAGAGCCCGUACAAGUGUGUGCAGUGUGGGAAAACCUUCAACAACAGCUCUCACUUCAGGGCCCACCAGAAAACCCACACUGGGGAAAAGCCUUACAAGUGUUCUCACUGUGCAAAAAGCUUCACCAAGAACUCUGCCCUCACCCGCCAUUGGGGGGUACACAUGAAAGAGAUACAUCACAGGAAGGAGGAGAGAUGCCAUGAGUGUGUAGGAAACCUGACAGAUUAAUUCUUUAGGUCAACAUAUGUUCCUUAGAGUUUCCUUCUGCUUAUGGAGAGUUCUACUAGCCAAUCCCUGGCUUAGCAGUAGAGUCAUUGAAAACCAGGUAAGCACUUAAGAACCCUGCCCAGCAGUAAGAAUCAGGAUAAGAAUGAUGAACUCUUUCUAGCUCUGCCCUCAACUCCAAAGUCCUGUCUCACUGGACUUCAGUUUUGCUUAAAGGUAAGAAGGCUUUAGGAUCCAUAAGUCCUGCGAGGAAACCAGGGUAUCUUUCUUCUGAACAGACAGUGGGUGGCCAGUGGCCUGAAAAGUGUUUCUGGGCCAUGCCAGGGAAGGAUUUGUUUCUCAUGGUGGGAAGCAACACCUAGAAGGUAACAGCCUGGAUCUAUACUAAAUCAAUAAUUGACCUUUAUGCCCCUACUGUUAUGUACUACUGCUACCUUCAGGGAAGAUCACUACUCUGGAACCCAGCCACCACCAAAAUGGGAACAAAGGAGAGGAAGGAUAGGUUAAGCCAGUGGGUAAUAUUAAAUCUAAGCGACUUAUCUUAGAGCAAGUGUAACAUGUAGGUUAAUCUUUGUAAGAUUUCUCAUCUUAGCAUCACCCCCACCCCAGUUCCUGGUUUCUUGUCUCUUACAGUAAAUGGUUUCUACAAGUUCAUAAGCAUUACUAUUUCUGCUGAAAAUAAAAGUGUUUCUCCCUCCA